CAACGUACGAAAGGAAAAAAGUAAAGAAGAAGAAGUGACGCAGUAGAGAAUAAAGGAGGAAAAGAUGGAUCUCGUACGAAAAGAUAAAUAAGAAAUGAUGCAGUAGAAGAUAAAGGAGAAAAAGAGAUCGCACAAAAAUUCUAGGGUGUUCGUGAAAAAGAGAAAAUGCAGAAUAUAAAGGAAGAAAAAGAAAGAUCAAACGUUAGGUUUACCGGAGAAGCUCUACGGGAAAGAAAAAUGUGUUGGGUUCCUUUCGUAUGCUCUCAUAUGGAUGAACUUGGAGAGUGCUGGAGUGAGAUGAAAAAAUAAACAAACAGCUCCAAUGACAAUUCAAUAUACUCACUAUUUUUCACUCAAGAAAUGAUAAGAAAAGAGAACGGAGGUGUAGUUUUCCUUUUCUUCCUCCCCUUCUUUUUUCUUUUUUUUUUCUUCCCCUUCUUCCCUUCUCCUUAUAAGAAGAGAAUGUGUAGAAGACCAAAAACCAUGCUGCCCAAGAGUGAUAACUAGCUUAGUUUGUAGUCCCAAAACCACUCUACGCACAUGUCACAAAAGCCAAAUUGCUUAUACUAAAAUAGUAACUGUAAAAGACAAAGAAAAAAAAGUCAUACUAGCCACAAUAUAAAAAACAUGUCCGUUGAUACAAAGAGAGAUUUGACUUCCUUGUUCUUUGUCUUUUAUGAUUCUUUCCUGUAUAUAUAUUGUUAGAGUUUAAAAUAUGGGCUGUAAAAUAUUUUUAUUCUUGAAUCAUUGAUUUGAAAAUUAGUAGAAAGAUUAGUUGAACAAAAUUGGUGUAUACAAUUUUGAUUCAUUUUCAUUGAAUAUGUAUAUAUAGUUUUAAUUUCUAGGUUGAAGUAUGUGACCUUUUUCUUUUAAGUUUGAAGUUCCUGCUUGUAUUUUUUCUUUAAAUUCAAGUUUAAUCACCUUGUCAAGUUUUUGGACUCAUAGUUAGUGCUAACUGUUCUCUGCUUGCAAUUUACUGGUAGUUGCCUCUUUAUGUAUGGUUAGCAUAUGGUUGAUUGUGUGCAUGUUGGAUAUAUCACAUGGAAUUAGAAAUUUUUUUUUGUAAGUUUUCAUAUUUUGCUGUUGUUGUAGUUGUAUCUUGUAAGAUAUUGAUUUCCACUUCUAGCACAUGUCUAUCUUUAAUGUAAAUUUUAAUAGAGUUCUGUUUGCAUUCUUCUUUGAAUGGGUCUGCUUCAAAUCUUCUAGAUGGUGUUGGAUGGCCCUUUGCUACGACAUUCUCUGUUAUAUAAUUGUCAGGUUCUUGUUGCAAGUUCAAUUCAGGGAUUGCACAACAUUCAUGGGAGCUUUAAUGUACCCAACAUGCCCAAUACACUUGCAUCAAGAAACUUAACAAUAAAUAGCGUUCUAACUAGGGGAACUCAACAACCUUCGGCAAGCCUUUCUAAUGGAAGAUUUGCAUCAAAUAAUCUACUUGUUGCGCUCUCACAGCUAUCUCACGGAAGCUCCCAUGGACACUCAGGAGUCAACAGUAGAGGAGGUAUAAAUGUUAUAAGAAAUCCUGGAUUUAGUAGUAGCACAGAUGGAGUUGCUGGUCCUAUUCCUAGGAUUCUCCCAACUUCUGUUGCAAUUGGUAACCGAAAUACUGUUCCAAGAUUGGGACUGUCCCUAAUUUUGGGAAAUGCAGGUCCUCGAAUCACUAGUUCGAUGGGAAACAUGGUUGGUGGGGGGAACAUUGGGAGGAUAAGCUCUGGAGGAUUGUUUAUUCCAGGUCUUGCUUCAUGUCUAAAUUUAAGUGGAAACACUAGAUCUGGUGGUUUAGGCCUACAAGGACAAAAUCGAUUGAUGAAUGGUGUGCUUCCGCAAGUUCUUGCGGCACAAUAAUGGUAUGACUUAGUGGGUUUCACUGGAAACACAAUCAAGAUGGUGUGGGGAGGCCGCAAGAAACGCCAUUGUAUUAUUGAGAAUUUUCUUAAUCCGGUCCUUUCUCUUUAAAAACUUGACCGACAAAUAUAUUUUGAGUCGAUUAAAUUCAUUGAGAAAAAUGAGGUGAUUAAGUCAUUUGAGUUAUAGUAUUUUUAAAAGCACAAGAACAGUGUUAACAAUUCACCUUUUGAUAUAUUUUUUAAUACAUUAAUGUUAGAUAAAGUUUAUUAAUAUCACAAGAAAAUGUUAACUAAUUUAUGAAAACAUGUUUAAUAUUUCAUUUGGUUGUCCUUAUUAUUUUUCAUUUGGUUGUUUGUUCUUGCUAGUGGCCAUCCAAUGUUUGUAGCAAUUGCUUUUAACUUUUAAAGCUCUAUUUCAGAGACAAACUUGUCGAAAUUUGAUGAUCAGAGAAAUUCAACUAAAUGCCUAGUGUCGAUAGUCAGAU